ACAACAGUGCAUCUGGUUGACAAUCGACAAUUGGCUGUCAAAAAACCACGACGCCAAUAGUACCGACACGCGCAUCCGAAUCGUAAAUCUAAAAAUGGGGAGAAAUAAGUUUGUAAAACGGAAGUUUUACAUCACCAAGCCAUUGAACCCCGCUAUGCAAAGUGGCAGGAGAGUAUUGAUACAAUCCUUGGAGGGAAAUGUGUGCGAAACCACGUCGAAAUCAAUCGUGCAACCAACUGUACCACCGUCAUCAUCUGCCUCAUCGGCAUUACAACCGCAACCGCCAUCGGUUACAUCAUCCGUUGGAACUGUUGCAGGGUUAGGAGCAACAGGCACCAUCUCCACAUUGGGCGGCGCUACCAAGUACAUGCGACCGGAAAUGGCAGCAAUGCUCGGUCUUGUCAAACAGGUUGAAUCGAUCAACAAGAAGCAACCGGCGCCGUUCAAUAGCAUGGACCAGUUGGCCACGCGCAGUAACAUUGCAGGAGAGCUGGUCAAGAAUUACCUGAACCCUCGGCAGGAUAAGCUUGUGUUUAGGACUGUACUACCGUGUACGGUCAACGAUAUGGUGCUCAUACCGCCAAUGCCCAGUGAUCUGAGACAAUGCCCAGACACCAAAAGCCGUUACAGCUUUAAGGACAAUAAAGACCCGGAACCGGUGCUGAGCGACUAUCUGCGUCCGACACCGGUUACUUUCCACUAUGUGCAAAGCAAUCGGCAAUCCGAGAUGGGCCCCGUCGCUGCCGGAGUAUCGUGGAACAACUUCAACAAUAUCGUGUAUGUGCUAAAGCAUGUGGAGACGCGUGAUAAGAUGGCAUGCGUUAGAUUAUGAGGAGCUACCGUAGUGUGGUCCAUUAUUAGCAGUUUUUAAGCUUCCAAUUUUCCAACUUUUAAUAUCUCAUACAUGAAUUCAGUUAGAACUAUUCCUCACUUACACUUCACUAUUAUCGAUCCUUCGGCAUAUACCAUCAUCGUUCCUCGUAGCUGUUCUAUAUUCUUUCAAUUUCGUCUUUACUUUCACACACUAUCGAAUCUCUUCCGGUCCCUCUGUUGAAAAGCGGAAAAUAAACGAUUAGCUGAUUUGUAACUUAACACAAACUACAAAAACUACAUAAUAUACAGGUACAGGAAUGGGUGGUUUAACUGUCGCAAAAUUUAGUUUGAGGACGAUGAAAUUAAUGACACUAAAAAGAAUGAAAUAAAUAAAAUUCUCCGCGAAUAAAAUCGCGAUCGUGAUCGGAAAGCUUCGACCGAUGAGAGAGAGUCGUUUCCGGGACUAUGGGCAUAGGAAACAACGCGAUGGCCAGAUUGAGCUCGUGGUGACAGAAUAACGUCCACGUCAUGGCCAUGUCAACGGUGAUCUUCGCGUAAAGCAGAAGAAAGUAAAUCCAAUAUUGUGUCUGUCUGUCAAAGGAUUAUAGUGACUUUGGUCUUUAUGGACUCUUACGUCACGAUCCAAUAUUCCAAUAUUGUGCAAUAAAAACGAAAAAAAAAAUGGGGCAACUAAACCGAACACACUGCACUACU